UUCCAGAACUUUUUUGUCGUCAAAAUAUGAUGUCAAACUAUUUGCUAAGGAUAUUGCUUGCCCUGCUCUUCCUCUCAGUAGUUCCACAGAAAUCAGAUGGGGAGUUUGAUGAGCAAUGGUGCAUAGCAGAUGAGCAGACUCCAGAUGAUGAGUUGCAAGUAGCCUUGGAUUGGGCAUGUGGGAAAGGAGGGGCCGAUUGUAGUCAAAUUCAGGUCAAUAAACCUUGCUAUUUUCCCAACACUGUUAGAGCCCAUGCUUCUUAUGCUUUCAACAGUUACUUUCAGAGAUUCAAACACAAAGAUGGUUCUUGCUACUUCAAGGGUGCUGCCCUUAUCACAGAACUAGACCCCAGUUAUAAGUCUUGCCGCUAUGAGUUUCUUCCCUGAUUCCGCGAAAAUUUUGAUUCAGAGCACCCAAAGUAUGAUCUGAAUAAGAACUAUAUUUUUUUUUGAAUAUUGGUCCUCAUUGACUGUUGUUAACUCAGUGAGAAAAUUAUCAUUAUCUUUUACCGAAUUCUUCUUU